GCUACCACGGAUCGGCUUCUGAACUGGGGCUGAUUUAUUCGUUGGAUUAUUCCUAUUGUUUUUCUUAUUAGACAAUACGAAUUAUCCUCGCAAUGGCCCUCAGUCAGACAAGUGUGCUAAAACUAUAUAAUACUGUGAUAGAGGAUGUUAUAUCAGGUGUAAGAGAAUCAUUUAUAGAUGAAGGUGUAGAUGAACAAGUAUUACAAGAGCUCAAACAAAUAUGGGAAACCAAAUUAAUGUCUAGCAAAGCUGUUGAACUUAAUUCAGAUCCUCCGGAGCCUCAGGUUCCUCAAAUAAAUACGCACAAAGCUGUGCCUGUUAAUAAAGGAGUAAAUAUAGCAAAUCAUUUUAUACAACAAACAGGAGGAAAUUCUGCUCCUCAACAAGCAUCACAACAGCAGCAACAACCACAACAGUCUCCUCAACAAUCACAAACUCAGACACAAUGCCACUCGACAACAACUGGUAUACAGCAUACUGGUACACCGGUACAACAAUUAGUAACAUCAACAUCAGCAGUAAUGGACCGGCAAGUACCUAUUCAAAUAACAUUGCCACCACAGACAGGUGUCCCAGAUGCGCAAUUAAGAGUUUUAACCAUUCAGGUUCCUGCAUCUGCGAUUCAAGGUAAUCAACUGCAUACAAUUUUGACGGGUCCAGUUAUUACAGCUGCAAUGGGGCUACCAGCAAAUCUAGCUUCCACACUGCUUCAACAACAUGUGAAUUCUACACUCCAGGGUCAAGCAUUGGCUCCACUUCAAGUUAGUCAGCCACUUCAAGUCGUAACACAAAGUGCAAAUAAUGUCACUCAGCGAUCUGUUCCAAAUCAAGGCCAAGCAACAUUGGCUCCACUUCAAGUUAGUCAACCUCUUCAAGUUGUUACACAAAAUGCAAACAAUGUCUCCCAACGGUCUGUUCAAAAUCAGAAUAAUAUAGCACAAUUAGAUGGCCCAUUUGGUGAUUCGUCAGACGAUGAUGAAGAGGAAGAAGAAGAAGAUAAUGAAGAUGAGGAAGAAGAUCUUGAUGAUAAAGAAGAAGAGGAAAAUGAUGAAGCUGCAGCAAUAGAAGAGGAGCCAUUGAAUUCCGAAGAUGAUGUAACUGAUGAUGAUCCAGCGGAUCUUUUUGAUACUGAUAACGUAGUCGUUUGUCAGUAUGACAAGAUAACAAGAAGUAGAAAUAAAUGGAAAUUCUACCUCAAAGACGGAAUAAUGAACCUUAGCGGUAAAGAUUAUGUUUUUCAGAAAAUGAGUGGUGAUGCGGAAUGGUAA